AUGAGCAACGGCUCUACAGACCACUACUGGACAAACAAGCACCGAAAUAACGGCUUCUUUGUCCCAUCGUAUCUCCGAGGGAGCAGCUACAUCCAGAAACUCGAGGAGGUUCAUCGGGCGCAAGCCGCCCAGAGGGAACUACAGUCCGCCGCGACAGCCAGCGCCAGCCUCCAGAAUGGACACUCCGGUGCGUCAGGUUCGAAGCAGGCGCCAGCAUCACAUAUGGGCAUGAAGAUUGAUGUUAUUGAGCGCGCACCGACCUCUGACUAUGACGACGUCGUGGCUCCGCUGCCGUCCAAGUGGAACAAGGAUGACAAGUACGGCGGGCUUGAGGUCAUUGGCGACGGGCAAGAGGUCAAGUACAACACUUCGAGGGGCACGAAGGACCAAGACCACGAGGUCUGCUCAAUCAGAGCAGAUCAUGCCAUGCCAAACCAAGCGGGUAUCUACUACUUCGAGAUCUCUAUCUUGUCCAGGCGGCGAGACGAAACUUCAGUAUGUAUAGGCGUCUCGAACAAAUCGGUACCCCUAUCCAGACCACCUGGGUGGGAGCCCGAGUCCUGGGGAUAUCACGGCGACGAUGGCGAAGUAUAUGUGGGCGCGAAUGUUGGUAAAAAGUACGGCGCACGGUUCGGCCCAGGUGACUUUGUCGGCUGCGGCGUAAACUUUCGGACACGCAAGAUCUUUUUCACGCGGAACGGAUCCAUACAGAACUCAGGGCAGCGUGAGUCGUUCCGAUCCAACAUAAAGGGCAAGCUGUACCCCACGAUCGGGGUGAAGAAGACCGGGGAGCACAUUCGCGUCAACUUUGGACACACCCCAUUCGUAUUUGACAUCGAUGCUAUGAUGGCGAAAGAACAACAAGCUAUCCAAGAGUCCAUAGCCCAGACCAGCAUUGAACGUCUAGUACCUGGCAUGGACGAGACCGAGCUGAUACAACAACUGGUGCUCCAAUUUCUGCAACACGACGGCUACGUUGAGACUGCACGGGCCUUUGCGGAUGAGAUUCACCAGGAGAAGCAGGCACUAAACCUGAACUCGAACAAAACUAUUGACAGCGCCACGAUCAAGGAUGAUGAAGACGCUAAUCGUCGGCAACGCAUCAGGAGAGCGGUCCUCGAGGGAGAUAUCGACAAAGCCCUCAAAUAUACGAAUCUCUACUAUCCUCAAGUUUUGGAAGAGAACGACCAUGUGUACUUCAAGCUGCGAUGUCGAAAGUUCAUCGAGAUGGUGCGCAGAUCGGCCGAGCCGAACAACAACGGCCUGAGGAAGAAGAGCAGCAGUCGCACGCUAAGCGAUGUUCCUAAUGAAAUGGACGUCGACGAGAACGGCUUCGAUGACGAGAUGGAGACCGAAGAUGGGUCAGAGCCAGGGACAGAGGACCAGGACCUUUUGUCCCAGACGAUCGCAUAUGGGCAGUCCUUGCAAGCCGAGUUCAAAGAUGAUCCCAGGCGGGAUGUCAGGAAGACGUUGCAAGACAUCUUUGCCUUGCUAGCAUAUCCGAACCCGCUCAAGGUCAAGGAGCUCGCGCCACAGCUUGACCGCAGGGGUAGGGCCGCUGUGGCUGAAGAUCUGAACUCUGCCAUCCUAUCAUCCCUGGGCAAGUCUUCUCGGUCGGCUCUGGAAACUCUGUAUGGGCAGACGAGCGUCUUGCUGGACUAUCUACGUGAGGAUGGGGGCUCUGGGUCCUUUGUGAGCAUCCAGUCGAUUGUCGACGAUAUCCCAAAGUCGCCCACUUUCUGA